UGUAAAGUUAUCUAAAUUCCAGCUACGAUUUCAUCCUGUGGCAUGUCAAUUUGAUUGCAACAACAAUUUCAAUUCACCAUUAACUGUCCAGCUGUUAAGCAAAGGUUGUAAUCAUGGGCAUUGCGUUGAUGUUCCUGCUGGCCCUGUACCAGAUGCAAUCGGCCAUACACAGCGAGAUCAUAGAGGCGCCCAACUAUGGUGACAAUGCUCUUAUGGAAACCACUCAGGACACCAACAACAACAACAACGAAAACGAGCUGCUAGAUGCGCUGAUGGAUGAGAAACCGGAACAAACCGAACUGGAAUUCCGCUAUCCGAUCUCGGCUAUUGGCAUUGAUUAUGCCAAGAAUUCGGUCGUGUUGCGUUUCCAGAAACAUGCGCGCAAACAACGCUAUAAAUACGAUCCUGACUAUGAGAUGAAGCGCAAGUCGCUGCAGGAUAACUUUAUGCACUUUGGCAAGCGGCAGGCGGAGCAGCUGCCCCAGGCAACCGGCAAUGGAUACUACGAGACGGUGAAGCGUGCCGCCAUGGAUCGCUAUGGACGCAAUCCGAGUCAGGACUUUAUGCGCUUCGGUCGUGCUCCGUCCGAUUUUAUGCGCUUCGGACGCGCCCCGUCGGAUUUCAUGCGUUUUGGCCGUGAUCCCAAGCAGGAUUUCAUGCGCUUUGGACGUAAUCCCCAGCAGGAUUUCAUGCGCUUCGGUCGCCCGGAUAACUUUAUGCGCUUCGGCAGGAGCAUGCAUUCUCCCGAGGAGUUGCGCAGUCCCAAACAGGAUUUCAUGCGCUUCGGUCGUCCGGAUAACUUUAUGCGCUUCGGUCGCUCCACACCCACGGAAUUUGAGCGUGCUGGCAAAAUGGAUUCAAAUUUCAUGCGAUUUGGCAAGAGUGUACAUGGAGAAGAGGCAGGAUUAAGCAGCUCGGAGUCGAAUCAAACCAAGGCAACUGAAGGCAAGCAACAGCCAAGUGAUGACAGCAAUCCCACUGACAAGGCCAUAACCAUGCUCUUUCAAAAUCACCACCACCAGCAGCAGCAACAACAACAACCACAACCCCAGGAGGAGCAACAACUGAAAAGCAGCGAACAGACUGAUCCACAAAACAACCUGGAUGACAGCAGUGUGGAGCAAUUCUAUGAGCCAUAGAUUUGUCUGACCAUUCGCACAUUGUAAAUAUAUUAAUUGGUCAAAGCUGAAACUACUUAAAACUAUGUCAUUUUAUGAGAGAUAUUCUCAAAAACAAAACUUGUAAUUCCAUUGAAUUUUUAAUGGGGCUGGAUUAAAAAUUCACCACACAUUGAUCUGAUCAAAACAAAAUAUCACAAAAUACCAAAAAAACAAAAAAAAAACUAUAACUAAUAACCAAAGGUUUACAUACACUCGCAUACACCCACACCAUACUUAUUAAGUGUAAUAUCAAAUACAAUAUUGAAAUGUUAAAUGUACUUCCUUCAAUGCAUUGAAAUGUUGUGAAAAAUCUUUUAAAUAAAGACAACUCGCUAACUA